GUUUAACUUAACGUCGGUUAACAAUUAAAGUGCACUGUUAUCCCAUCGUUAAACCUUUCAAUACAUACAACUUUUUCUGUAACAAGGGAAUUUAAUCACAACAUCAAGAAGUAAGGAGUCUUUGGGAGGUGGCGACAUGCUACUGCAUCAGAAACUGCACUUUUCCCACUCGAUCUUCCCCUGCUCCACACACUCUCUCUCUCUCCUAUCUCUCUCUCCCUCUCUCUCUCUUUCAUUCCCUUCAUCACCGCUGCCUUUGCGCUUCCGACCAUAGCCACUAAGUGACUGUAGUUACUGGCAACAGGACGACGACGAUCACCGUCGGUCUAUGGGACUGUGCGUGUUCGUGCAAACCGUACCUACCUAUUUAUAGCCUACACAUAAUUUCAAAAGAAAAUAACGCAAAUGAGUAUUGAGUAUUAAGCUUAGGCUCUCUCGCGAAUGAAGAUCAGCCUCAUAGCUGCCCGUGUUGUGUUGAAUGAACAGGUGCGGACGGAAUCUGUCAGGGUUCGUGCGGGAAUGCGGAUUUCGCUGGGAAGUUACACUUCGGCGGUAAAUGACGGGAAAAGAUUCACGUUCCCCGCACUUUGGGGGUGUUUAUAACUGAAGGGUAUUUUCUGUUGGUACCCUAAUGACGCUGGAAGCAUGAUACUAACCAGUACUACGUGUUUUUUCGUGCUCGUACUUAGCUGACAAUAACGAGGAGUUAGAAAUCCGGAUUAAUCUCAGAUACUACUGAUUGCCAAAAGGAUGUCUCCAUCCAUCCAUUUUCCAAACCGCCUAUCCUACUGGGUCGAGGGGGAUCCUGAGCCUAUCCCGGAAGCACGAGGCAUGGCACGAGGCAUGGAACAACCCAGGAUGCGGGGCCAGCCCAUCGCAGGGCACACUCACACACCAUUCACUCUCACACUCACACCUACGGGCAAUUUAGCAACUGCAAUUAGCCUCAGGAUGUUUUUGGACUGUGGGGGGGAAACCGGAGUACCUGGAGGAAACCCCACGAUGACAUGGAUGUCUCAUGAACCAUUUAUGGUAUUAUUUGAUCCCACGAGAUGCUACUGUUGGCUUCCUUUUGGCACAUUUUGAGUAAUUUCUUUGAACAGACUGCACCAUCUAGUGUAGUCAAAAAAUACAGCCAAUUUCUGAGAUUCCGGAACCACUACAUCUGGCACCGGCAAUCACAAAAAUUCAAAAUUGUUUUGCAAUGUGAAUUAGCCACACCAAUGCUUAUCCAAACCUGAACCUCUUGACCCUGGCUGUGUGCUGUAUGUCAGUUGCAGCCACUUAAUUCACUAUUUGGUGGAGGCUGUUUGUGCUACGUAACAAGCAGGUAUACCUAAUAUACUGACCACUGAGUACAUGUAAGUGGCAAAUGGUUUGCAUUUAUAUAGUGCUUUUCUACUCUUACAAGUACUCAAAGCACUUUACAUUUUAUGCCUCACAUUCACCCGUCCACACACAUCAUUCAUACUCCAGUGGCGAAGGCUGCCAUGGAAGACACCAACCUGCACACCGGGAGCAAUUUGGGGUUCAGUGUCUUGCUCAAGGACACUUUGAUGGGGUCAGGAGGAACCAGGGCUCGCACCUGCAACCCUCUGUUUGCUGAACGAUAGCACUACCUCCUGCAGCACCAUCUUCCCCACAUAAAACAGUUAUACAUAUAUUUCAUUACAAUCCCACAGUCUUCUCUUACAGAAAUUCAGCACCCACAGGCUGAUGGGACAUUUAGGAAGUGUUCUCAGUAUUUCAGUCACAGAUCUGACAGGAUAAUAAGUUUAUGACAAGCACAGGGUUUAUAAUAACCAGAAUGACUGGGAGGGAUUUCAUCUAAUUUCAGUCUGUUGCUAAAAAAUGUCUCAGUGCUUUCUAACUGCACGGGCAUUUCCAGGGGAAGCAUCAGGAUGAAGCUGCCUGGAAAUUGAUGACUUGGAGCAGCACCAGAGGUGGCAAGUUCAGGUUCAGAAAAUACAAAUCCAGACUGAGAUUUUGUUUCAACCACGCAGUUGAGUAUAAAGAGUCACAGUCUCAGAGUACUCAACUGGUUGGUUGAAACAAAAUCUUGGUGUGGAUUUGUACUUUCUGAAUCAGAUUUUUGCACCUCUGCGAUAUGGCUGUGCUGGAGGGGGCAGCUUGAACAGCCCACAGCUGCAGAAAAACCAAUAUUACAAGCAUAUUUAAUUAGGGUGAAGAGAGAAACGGCCAUUUUACUGCCGCAAAGAAUGAGGGAGUGUAUUCAAAGUUGUCUUUUCUUGUCCGACUGUCUUGAUGCGCAAAAGAAAGUACCUUCUGCUUUGCCCUCAUAGUCACGUGAUUGGCUUUCAGCCUCUGGCAGAGGGGCAGGUUUGUUAACCCAGUUAUGUCAAUAGCCCUAAGACACAAUUCGCUUGUGUAAUUCCACCUGGCAGACUGGUGGCACCAUGCAUAUGAGAAAGUUCUAGGUAAAAGCAGUAGAAGUUUCUAGUGUCAGAUACCUACGGUAAUAAGGCAGAUCAUAGUUAAAAAUAUAUACACAUUUACAUUUUACACAUCUAACAGAUGUUUUUGUCCAAAGUGAUGUACAUAUGAGGUAAAUUGCAUAUUGCAAACAUACAAUCUGCAAAGGCUAUAACUAGGUGUAAGUGCAGCUAGACUGAGCUUCCAAUUAAUGCCCAGGUACAAGUGUAAGCAAUAGUGGAUCUACACAACUUCUAAUAAAGCCUUAGAUUACAUUAUGAAUCCUUGGGAGACACAUCCAUCCAUCUUCUGUAACUGCUUGUUCUAUUCAGGGUUGUAGGGGGUCCGGACGGUAUCCCAGAAGCUAUGGGCGCGAGGCAGGGAACAACCCAGGAUGGGCCGUCAACCCACCACAGAUCUCAGGAGACAAGCUUAAUUAAUAUACAACUGUUUAAUAAAAGACACAGUAAUUCACAUUCUGGUUCCGUUUAUUCCAUUGUUUUUUGGUUACUUUUUUAGGUAUCAUGUCAUCCUGGAGCCUCUCUGCUGUAUGAGCAAUAGUGACGUAAUGGAGGCAGAGUUCUUCCCAUCCUUGCCCCCAAACCUGUCCGAGCCACUGACGUACAAAGACACCUUCCUUCCGGGUGGCGUGUUGGAUGGCAGUCUAACAGACGGAGUAUCAAAUGUCACCGAUCUCAACUUUGACAAGACCAGCACCGUGGUCAUUACCUUCAUGUACUUUGUGGUCUGUGCCGUGGCCCUCUCCGGCAACAUGCUGGUCAUCUAUGUCAUCCUACGUUAUGCCAAGAUGAAGACUGUCACCAACAUCUACAUCCUGAACCUGGCGGUGGCUGAUGUACUCUUCAUGCUCAGUCUGCCCUUCAUCGCCAUCCAGCUGGCUCUGGUUCACUGGCCCUUCGGUGAGGUGAUCUGCCGGGUCGUCAUGACCGUAGACUCACUCAAUCAGUUCACCAGUAUCUUCUGCCUGAUGGUGAUGAGCAUCGACCGCUACUUAGCUGUGGUCCACCCUAUCAAGUCCACUAAGUGGAGGAAACCCCGAAUGGCUAAAGCCAUCAACUUGGCUGUGUGGAGCAUCUCUCUGUUGGUCAAUCUGCCUAUUGUCAUCUACAGCGGCCUAAUCUUUAAGAAAGACAGCUGUUUCUGCACCAUUGUGUGGCCUGAACCCCAGGAGAACUACUAUAAAGUCUUUAUAUUUUACACCUUCUUCCUGGGUUUCUUUUUGCCACUCACAGUCAUCUGUCUCUGCUACCUGCUUAUCAUCGUCAAGGUCAAGUCCUCAGGGAUCCGGGUGGGCUCCUCCAAGAGGAAGAAGUCAGAGCGAAGGGUGACACGCAUGGUCUCCAUUGUGGUGGCUGUGUUCGUGCUCUGCUGGCUGCCCUUCUACGUCUUCAACGUCACCUCGGUGACGGGCACCAUCAGCACCACACCGGCACUGAAGAGCACCUUUGACUUCGUGGUGGUGCUGGGCUACGCCAACAGCUGCGCCAACCCCAUCCUUUAUGCCUUCCUCUCAGAGAACUUUAGGAAGAGCUUUCAGAACGUCCUGUGCUUGAAGAAGGUGGGCGGACUGGAUGAGGUCGAGCGUACCGACAGCCGGCAGGACAAAUCCCGCAUGGUGAACGAUCCUACGGAGACGCUGAGCACGCUGUUCAACGGUGACCUACAAACCAGCAUUUAAGCCCCAGACUGCGGGAACAUCAGGUAGAGGGACACUUAUCUUCCAUCACAGAAAUACUGCAGAAUAUCCAACACGACACAAUCCAACUCAAGUAUUUUCCAUUCAGUUCCAGAAUAAUAAACUUUGAAAUGGUAAAGCAUCUGGCUCCACAAGGCAUAUUAGAUGCAUCCAGCGUGGACAAAGUAUAAAGAAGGUUCCAGUCUAUGAUGCUUGGAGAAUGAAAGAUGCCUGCUGAAAGAUGGUGAUGAUUGGAACAUCCAGUUACAGGCAGAUUCCUUGGUCUGUUCACAAUCACUGUGCAAUUACAUGUUUUAUUGGCUCUCAUGCUCAGUUUUUAUUGUAAAUGUGUCCCUUCACAGUCAGGUCACCAUCAUUGUUUCAAUGAUGAAAGUUUAAGGAUUCUUUAAGAGAUGUACAUUCAUUCCUGAGCUUUCAGCUGCAACAAAAUCUUUAGUGUUGCUCCUCCACUGUGCCAGUCCAAGGGGUACAUGAUGGUGACUAUAAUCUCUAUCAUCACGUUUCUUUCAGAACACUGGCUUUAAGAUUUAAGCCAACUUUCAAAUGAACCACAUUCACAUGUAAACUGUCAAAGCUUUGGUUUGUUUGGACAGGAAAGCAUACCCAAAUAACCAUCAGAUUAAGAGGUAGCAAUUUCUUUGCUGUAUUCUAGUGAUGGACAAAACGAUGCUUGAUGAACCAUUUGUUGUAUUUUUUGACCCCACUAGAUGGUGCUCUUGGUUUGCUUUUAGGCAUGCUUUGUGUCCUUUUUCGGUAAGACAUCUAGUGGAGUGAAAAAAAUACAGCAAAUGGUUUAUGAAGCAUAAUUUCGUGUGUCAAUACUGUCUCAUGUGACAGUGUCAGUAAAUAAUUAAAUGUCCUUUCCAAGGCAGAAGCAAGAAUGUCAAUAUGUGGUCCAUCAAAGGCCUUUAUUCACUCUUGGCUUGAUCAGGCUUUGAGAAUGUGGCAUCAUUUAAGACAUGACUGAGUUUCAGCACUCAGGCACAUUAAUACCAAAAUAUUAAGUGAAGCAUAGCCUUUGCUGGAUAUAUUGCAGAUCUCUCCUGACAUGUAGAGGUACAGAAACAAAGCAACAUGAAGAGAGAUUGCAGUGCCCAUCCUAUUCCCAUUGCAUCCUUUAGAUCAGUGUUCUCAAUUCAAUUCUCAGGGACUCAAACAGUCCACAUUUUUGAUCCCAGCUGAGAAGGAGCAAAAAUGUGGACUGCCUGGCAGGGAGCUGGGAGCAAAAAUGGGGACUGUCUGGGGAUCCCCAUGGACCUGGUUGGGAAAUAUUUCUUUAGAUUGCUAGAUAAAAAGAGGGCUUCUUUAAGUAGAAUGGCUAAGGAGGAUUACUCCAAGACCUAACCUAAAGUCUAUUAUGUUUGUGCAUAUGUGGAAGUUAGGGAGUGUAAGAAUGAAUGUGCGAGAAAGUGAGAAUGAAUGGGCAAGGCUUUCUACCCAAAUCACUGUUGAUGUUACAACUCACGCGUCUCACCAUGAUCCGUACAAUGAGUGGUGUUUACUCGGCCUGGCAGCCUAAACUCUAAUCAAACGGCUGCUGGACUUUGCAGUUCCCUGCUUUACGAAGAAUUUGUCAUCCUUGUCAUGUUGAUGUUUUUUCUGAACAAAAUACGCCGCCACUAAUGAGUUUCCCUGAAGGAUUAAACAUUAUAGGAAAUUUGAAAGGUUCUUUGUUUUAGGUUUUAUUUACUGCCCACACAUUUAUUUAGAUGAAUUAUUCAAGUAAAAUUUAAAAUUAUAUAAAUUAUUAAAAACUAUUUAUAAUUAACAAACGAAAAAUGGUGUAACUAUUGCAAAGACAAGUAUCACAAUGUUGAAUGAUUACAGUAAAAAACGGGCAUACUUUUGUCAUGGGUCUCAACAGCCCAAACCGAACUUUGCGCAUACAGGUUCACAACUGUAAGGAGGUCAGAAAGGUCUGGCACAUGGCGCCCGUGACUCCAGACAAUGGAUCACCUCACAAGGGGCACUUCCCUGCAGUUUCCAUCUCUUAUCCUUUGCCUAUUUUAAUUCUUCAGACCUUCUACUGCACGUAUGCUCAGACACUGAUUGGCCAUCAGGAUGUUUGGGAAUUUUCCCAAUAGGCCUCGUACAAUACGCAUCUGACAAUACUAUGUAAUAGUACACUAUGUCUAAGAUACAUCAGCGUGAUGGUGUCCAGUAAUUUAAAGAGCUUCCCCCUGAAAUGGAACCUAAGGUGUGAUUGUUCAGUGCUCGCCAUCUAUUGGGAAAAACCUGGUACUGCAGUCUAAUGCAUUUCUUCUUACUUUAUACGGCAGCAGCACCAGGCUAUAAAAUAGAUUUGAUACAGUUGACAAACUUUUCAUAGUUGAUAAAAUUGUUUCUUUAAAAAAAAAAAUAAAAAACCUGAUUUCUAACUGCAUAGUUACGCAGAACAGCAUACGGAAGCCUUGCAUUAUAGCAUAUAAAAUGUCAGUUAAACAUGAAGCAUUGUCAGUAUCAACAUGCGUAGAGUAUUGGAGUUCUAUGAAAUAAAUUAUACAAUUUUUUUCUAAUGAACGCAAUACAUUAUUAUGUCCACAAGCUGGCAGAAAAGAGUAAAUAUUUAGGAGCAGCAGGGGACAAUAUGACGGUCCUGAACUUUUACUGUGAAGUACCACGUUUGUAUUGUUCUUGUUCUUUUUUUCCUGUGUUUUUGUAAAAUGCUAUAUAUUUUACAGAUCUGUAUCAAACGACUAAAAUCACUGCAUAAAACCAGUCUAUUAAAUACCCAUCAGAGUAAUGCUGAAAAAACCCAUGUAAAUCUGCUUUAAUUGUGCGUUUGCACAUUUCUUUCCCAUCUUUUUAUACGCAUACUUUCAAACCCGCUGGACUUCAUAAACAUUCAGUAAAGAAGACAGGCAAUAUAUUUUGGUGAUGUUUUUUUGUUUGUUUUGUAACAUUUUCUAUAGUCACUGGUGUACAAAGUGAUAUUACCUUAAAAUCUGUAUUGGUUUAUUACUUGCGAGGUCAAUAAUGACGUCCAGCAGAAAUUACCGUCUCUUCCGUGAUGAGGGCAUGCCUAUGGAUCACGUGACUUUUAAAAAAAUUUUUACCUUCAGUUUUGCACUUGCUUAUUACAGUGUUAAUACCAGAGCUAAUGUAAUUCUACAACCGCAAGCUACAUAGCUACUACAUUGGUUUUGUGCCAUAUUGUUAAUUCUGGGAAGGUUUUAUCUCAACCAUGAGACUGGGACCAAAGAAGAGAGCAUGGAAAGGGAAUUUAAAUGCUUGCUUGCACAGCCAUGACUGAACUGCCUUCUCCAGAUGCACCUGACUAGCAGAACUUACAUGUACUGUAAAUAGAUUUGCCAGCCAAAUCCACCAACAGGCGCCUGUAAACAUGUGGUUGUUGUCACUUACUGUUAUUGCUGCGGCGAUUAGUUGAAAUAUUGCCACCAUUAAAGUAAAUCACAUAUUA